AUGACAAACAAACCGUAUUGUAGCACAAAGUCACAAACCCUAGAAACCACGAGACGUCGAGACAAUCUGCCUAUUCCGGUUAAACUCGUUAAAACUCGUGGAUCAAAAAUAAUUUUCUUUUUCACCAUGUCUACUGCUUCUACUUCCGAAGAUAGGCGAGAGAUUUCUACACUUCAAGAAGAAAAGGAGCAUCACCUCCAAAUAAUUUCUGAACUAGACAAAGAGAUAAAAAUAAAAAAUACCAGGAUCGCAGAACUCACGAAUAGAUGCAAUGUGGAGGAGAGUUCGCCCAAUGACAAGUUUAAAUUGGUUCUACCUCCCGAUUUGUUAAAAUCGAUAGAUUUUAAUUUAAGUUUUGACGAAGGUGAAGCUUCGGGAUCAGGAUAUUUCGACAAAGAAGGCAAAGAAGAUAAUGAUUUAAAUUUUUACGGUUCUGACGAGGGUGAAGCUCCGAAAUCAAGAGAUUUCGACAAGGAAGACGAUUUAAAUUUUUACGAAGGUGGAGAAGAUAGCAAUGACAAAGAAAGUGAAGACUUUAUAAAUGAUAAUAGCUACGAUGAUCGUAAUGAAUCCAACGCUAAUGAAAGGAGGUGGAGAAGUGCAUCCCCUUCACCUGACGUUAAUGAAAGGAGGAGAAGGAGAUCAUCCCCAUCUCCAAGUAGAGAUUUUAAUCUCCGUACAAAAAAAAGAAUUAAUUAUAAUUAUGGUCCUUCGCCCAAAAGGCGUCGUAGAAACAAUUCUGUUUCACAAACGCCUCCACCAACAUCACCGCCUCAACCAACAUCACCGCCUCAAUCUUAUUCUUCACCAUCUCCUUCGCCUAUAAGAAGAGUAUGUUUAGAAUGUCCACUCCAUUGUAAAGGAAAGGAGGUUGCUUUCUAA